AUGGGUAUAACUCGAGAGACAGGAAAGAAGGCGCCAGUAUCAGCAGAUCUAACCAAGAAAAACAUUAAAACGCCGAAUGCAAAAACGCCCGGGAUCUUUGCGUCGUUCAGAGGCAAAAAGCCGACGGACGCUAGUCGAAACAGUUUUAAAAGUAUAAUCCAAAAAAUCUCGAAAAUUCAAAAAAUUGAAAAAUUGGAUCAAUCCAAAUUUUCCGAUAUUAGAGAAUUUGAAGAAUCAAAAAAACGAAAGAUUUUGAAAUUUCGAAAAAAAAAGUUUUACAGUCCACGGGCAAACAAAAAAGAGACAACUCGUCGAAAAUCCAAAAACACCGCGAUGAAAUGUUUCGCAAGCGGGGAAAUGGUCGAGGGUGUUAAUCAGUAUAAAGUGUCAAAUCAGAUUCGAAGAUCGACGAAACAGCUGGAUAUCGAUUUGUAUGCAGUGAAGGAGACGGAACAGAACGAAGACUAUCGGAUGAAGGUGGCCAGACAGGGCUUGGAUCUUUUGAAGAUCGAAGCGGCGCUUCUCAGAAAGCUCGAGAAAAUCCCUGGCGACAAGUGCUUCGUAUCCAUGGCAGAGUUCGGAAGUAUUGCCAAGGACAAAAUUGAGUUCCUCAUCGUCUCCCCAUAUGGUGCCACUCUCCACGAGGUCAUGAAAAAAGUCACCAACGGUCCGCUUUCUAUGGAUUGCGCAUUUUACGUUGCUCACCAAAUGCUCAAGGCUAUUCGAGAUCUUCACUCAUUCGGAUACAUCCAUCGGAACAUUCGCCCAUCGGCCUUCAAUGUUGGAUUGGGACCAACAGAAGGUUCAGUGUAUCUUCAAGAUUUUCGAGCGGUUCGAAAGUAUGAAGAGAACAAGAAACAUGUGUACCCAAGGACCAGUGUCAAGAUGUUCGGAUCCACGAGAUAUGCAUCGAGAGGAUGUCAGGGGCAGAAGGAUCAGAGCAGGAAGGAUGAUUUGGAGAGUUGGCUAUACACGAUUUUCUAUUUGAUGGAUAAUGGAUCCUUGGCAUGGAAGAAGGAGAAUAAUCAGGCUGUGGUGUUGGGGAUGAAGGAGUCGUUUAUGAUUGGAGAAGGAAAAGAGCAAUUUACUCGUGCGCCACGUCUUCUACAACCGCUUCUCACCAACAUUAGCACCAUGGCUUUCGAAAGCGUUCCAGAAUAUGAGCAAUUCAAAAAUUGCCUGGAAAACAUUCAAUUUGCUCAGAAUCUGAACCGAAAAACGUGUGACUGGGUCGGCAGACCGCCACUGGAGGAUAACGUUGGGGAUACGGACCGAAGUUUUGAUUGUAAGGUGACUGGAGAGCGUGAUUUGAUGGUCAAGGAUGGCGGAAAGAAUAAGAAGCCGAAGAGAAAAAAGUUGAAUUCCGGAGACAUGAUUUUGGGAGUUGGUGCGAUUGCAGCUUGGAAAGUGAUCAAUCUUUUGGGUUCUGGAGGCUUUGGAGACGUCUACAAAGUGCAUCGAGCCAACGAACCGCCCACCAAAUGCUACGCGCUGAAAACGGAAAGUGAGGAGGGUGAAAAACGAUAUUUGCGUCUGAAAAUCGAGGUGCAGGUGAUGAUGAAGACGGCUGAGAAGAAGAAGGCGGGGUUGUUCAAGAAUUUUAUUGAAUUCGUGGAUAAGGGAAAGUGUGAGGAGUUGAAGUGCAAGUUCGUGGUCAUGGGCCUCGUCGGUCCCUCUCUCGAAGACAUCCGCCGAAAAUAUAUCUGCUGCGGAUUCACCAAACACACAGCCUUCUACUGUUGCAUCCAAACAGUGACCGCUCUUCGUGACCUACAUUCCAUCGGAUACCUCCAUCGGGACAUCAAACCGGCAAACUAUGCGAUUGGGAUUGGUGACCAACAAAAUACAGUAUACAUGUUGGAUUUCGGGAUUGCUAAGCUGUAUGUGGACGAGAAGGGCGAGCACAAGGUGAAGAGAAAGAAGGUCAAGUUUUUGGGAACGCUGAGAUUUGCCAGUAGAGCGUGUAUGCAGCAACAAGAGCAGGGAAGAAAGGAUGACUUGGAGACGUGGAUUUAUAUGGCGGUGGACUUGAUAAAUGAGAGUGGAAUGACGUGGAGAAAGGUGGCGGAUCCGAAGGAGAUUCUAAAAUUGAAGAAGGAGUUUUUUAGUAAUUACGAACCAAUUCAAAAAGAAAUCGGAAAGAAAAACUGUCUGAUCGCACUGACUCCACUCGUCGCCUACGUCGACAAAAUGCAAUACGAGACGACGCCCGACUACGAUUAUAUUCUGAAUUUUUUGAAGACGUGCGCCAGUGACGUUGGCGCGAAGCUCAACAAAAAAUUGGAUUGGAUCGGAAAAUCGAAAGAAUUCGGCGAUAGCGAAUCGGAGAAAUCGGAGAAGAAGGUCAGCGGUGGUGGAGGAGACGAGGAUGAGUAG